UCGCGUGUAAGAGCGUGACGACGAGUCUGUCGCGAUUGCGGUGUCGGAUCGGAAUCCUGGAUUUUUGGCACCGAAAAUAGUCGGGCGUUGCGCAGAGAAAACGCACGGGCGCGCGCGCAGUGCGAGACGCUCCGCCGAGUGAACAGCCCGCCCGUGAGGCCAGUAACUGGCGUAUUUUUUCGACCGGACACUAAGCAACACAAACCGCCACCAUGGACGCGAUCAAGAAGAAGAUGCAGGCGAUGAAGCUGGAGAAGGACAACGCCAUGGACAAGGCUGACACCUGCGAACAGCAGGCCAGAGACGCCAACCUCCGCGCCGAGAAGGUCAACGAGGAGGUCCGUGAGCUCCAGAAGAAGCUUGCCCAGGUCGAGGAGGAUCUCGUUCGCAACAAGAACCUUCUGGAACAGACCACCAAGGACCUGGAAGAGAAGGAGAAGACCCUGGCAACCACCGAGGCGGAGGUCGCCUCCCUCAACAGGAAGGUCCAACAGAUUGAGGAGGACCUCGAGAAGUCAGAGGAGAGGUCCGGCACCGCCCAGCAGAAGCUGCUCGAAGCUCAGCAAGCCGCUGAUGAGAACAACCGUAUGUGCAAAGUGUUGGAGAACAGGUCUCAGCAGGAUGAGGAGCGCAUGGACCAGCUUACCAACCAGCUGAAGGAGGCUCGUCUGCUCGCUGAGGACGCCGACGGCAAGUCUGAUGAGGUAUCCCGCAAGCUGGCCUUCGUUGAAGACGAGCUCGAGGUCGCCGAGGAUCGUGUCAAGUCCGGAGACGCCAAGAUCUCAGAACUUGAGGAGGAAUUAAAGGUCGUAGGUAACUCCCUGAAAUCUCUGGAAGUAUCAGAAGAGAAGGCCAACCAGCGCGUGGAAGAGUUCAAGAAGCAGCUCAAGACCCUCACCAGCAAGCUGAAGGAGGCUGAAGCCCGCGCCGAGUACGCCGAGAAGACCGUCAAGAAACUCCAGAAGGAAGUUGACAGGCUCGAAGAUGAGCUGGGUAUCAACAAGGACAGAUACAAGAGCUUGGCUGACGAGAUGGACUCCACCUUCGCCGAGCUGGCUGGCUACUAGACCGUCUAGACCUCCAACCACCAGCACUCCACACACACAUACAUACACCGGCACUACACUGCCGCACACUGUACAUCUACACUACACAAAUACACGUGAUGUAAUAUUUAUUAAUAUUUUAUUAUGUAAAUUUAUUUACGAUUUUCAAAUAAAACUUAAUUUAUAACAUCUAAA